AUGGUACUUUAUAAGAGAAAACCAAUCAUUCUACCUGAUCCAAGACCAUUACCUCCCGAUCUUAACAUCUUUGUAUGGCAUAUUGACGAAACCGGUGAAUGGUUCCCCACUUAUGAAGAAUACAUUGAAAGAUUAGAUUUCUAUACAAGGCAUCAUUUUACUUGUGAAAUUACUGGGACAUCAUGUUUAACAUUUUUUGAAGCAUUAGAUAGUGAGGAAUCUCAAUUCAAAUUUGUUGAAGAGAAGUUUCCAUUGAAAUUAAGAGAGCCCAUCGCAAGAUUUUUACAUUUCAAUGGAAUUAGAAGAUUAGAUGCCCUCGUAGAACAAGUCUAUUCCAAAUUUAAGAACGAUUUCUUCCCUGGUGAAAUCGUCUAUUUAAGAAAGGCAAAAGAUUCAAAUUCCUCUACUCCACAACCACAUGAAGAGACUUCCGCUGAAUUAAGUACAAAUUCAUCUUCUCAUACUUAUCAACAAAAACCUUACAUCAUAAAGGAAAAAGUUCAAUUCAAUCCAACUUACGAUCCAGUAACCAAUGAAGUCCUUAUACCCGGUUAUUCCAAAUAUAUGUUAGUUGAAGAUGAUGCUUCUUCUUCGUCGUCCUUUUCCCAUAGACCAAAUAAUUCAAAAAGAUCAUUCAUAGCUGAUCAAUCGCAAUUUUAUAGAGAUAGAUCAACAUUCACCAAACAUUUAAUUAAAUGUUUCUUCAAGAUUACUUUACAAAGAGCUUCUACGAAAAUGGGGGCUCCAUGGUGCGUUAAGAAGGAAUAUUUGAUGAUGUACGGUUUAACAAUGGAUUGGCCUGAAGAUAUGUUGAAAUUUAAAGAUGAUGAACCAGCUCUACCGCAGUUGUCUCCUCCUUCUCAAGUUAAGCAUCUAGCUGUUAAGGAUGAAGUUCCAUUAAACAACAACGAUAGUAGUAAUAAUAAUGAAAUAGCCCCUGUUGAUGAGUUAUCUGAUAAAUCUAUUAGUAAGGAAAUGAAACAAGCCAAGAAGAAACAGACGAAUAAAAAGAAAAAGAAACCUAAAAAAACGAAGGAAGAUAAAGAAAUGGAAAUGGAAGUAGAAACUGAAGCAGAAACUAUAAAUACCAGCGUUGGAAAAAUGGAAGCCGAUGAUCUGAAUCGUGCUGUCAUGAAUGAUAAUGAUACUGAUAUUGAAGUAGAUAUAGAUGAGGAUUCAAUUAAUAAAAAAGGAACGAAAACUAAAAAAAGGAAAAAAACAAAAGAGAAAGAACCGAACAAUAAUAAAAAGAAAAAGAAAACUAAAAAGGACAAAAUAUCUGAAUCAGACAAACCAGAAAUUGACAAUAAAGAGAAUAAACUCGAAAAUAAUAACGAUCAAAGCGAAGUAGACGCACGAGAUGUUGUCGAAAACAAAGUUGAAUCAACACCUGCUCCUCCUCCUGUGCCUGUUAUUACCAGUAUAGUAGAUGAUUUGAAAUUACCAUACACAGGACCACCUAAAUCUGGAACUUUCCAUCAUUUAUACUACUAUAAUGAAAAUUUAGAACUUAUCCCAAUAACAUCCAAUCCAAAUAAAUUUCAUUACUUUAAGGAUUUUCAAAAAAUUCUACAAAUUUAUCAAUUUCUAAACACUUUUAACCAUCAAAUUUUCCUUUCUUAUUUUAAUUUGGACCAAUUUAUUACUUCAUUGAAAUGUACAGAUCCAUCUGAAUUAAAUGGUGAACUUGUAAAAAUAACAUUGAACCGAAACGAUGAAGAAGAUGUUGAUGAUGAUGAAAAUGAAGUGUUGUCUACGUGGGAAAGGAACCCAAGAAUUAGAAAAUUAAUAAAUGACAAAAACACCUGUCAAGGUAGGAUAACGUACAAAAUAUUGAAAAGUGAAGAUGCUAGCGAUGAUGUAUUGGAUAAUUUCAAUAAUAAUGGCUCAGCUCUCCUCAUUGAAGCAUUUGUUUCAUUGUUACGUCUUUUUGUCAAUGAAGAAGGUGAAUGGACCUGCGUCAUUAAUGAUGACUAUCUUACAAAUAAAGGUUUUAUAGACAAGAAUGGAACAGAAGAUGAGGAUGAUGAUGAGGAGGAUAGCGAUGAGCUUGAUCCGAUCAUUGAAAAGUGUUUGAAUUACAGAAAUGUGAACUGGGUUGAAAGAUUGCUUAAGAGGCAAUUUAAUAAUGGCCAUUGGUUAAUUAUAUUGUUAGGAAUUAUGCAAGAUUCCUCCAGGAUUGCCAAAUAUUCAACAUUCAUUAAAGACUUUAAAUUGAAGGUGUUACCAAACGAUAUCUCAUCAACUCAGCUUCCGAGACAAUUGUGGAGAAAUUUUUGUACGCAACUUUCCUUGUCUGAAAAGGUAACAGCCUUAUGGAUACUAGUGGACCUAGUAACCAAUUAUUCGAAUGAUAUCAAGACAGCGGUAGAUGACUCUAUGGAUUUGUGUACACAAAUUAGAAGUGAAAGGUUUCGAAUUUCAAGAGAUUUAAAAUCAGAAUCGGUGCGGUUAUCGACUUUGAAAGAAGAGGAUCCAACUUACCUUGAACAAAAAGAGAAAGUUGACCUAUUACAACGAGAUAAGAACACCCUUGAUAAAAGAGUAAUGGAGCAUGAUCUGCAAAGAUUGAAACAUCUGGGUUUAGAUAGGUACGGUAAUCGUUAUUUUUGGUUUGAUAUAACUGGUAUUCAAUUAGAAGAAGAAGUUGACGGUAACAAAACUUCAUCUAGUAACUAUCACACAGGUAGAAUAUGGGUGCAAGGACCAAGUAUAUCCACAGCAGAAUUUAUAUUGAAUAUCACAGAACAAGAGAUUAAAAAGUGGAUGAAAAUUUCAUCAGAUAACGGUAAAAUAGCAGCUACAAGAGAAGUCUUUGGAGUGUAUAGAGACGAUUCAGGUGUUUUUUACCAAGUUUUAGACAAUGAUACACAAGUAGAACUAGUAAAUUCAGAAGGUGUGUUUAACUCAUUACUCGAAUUGACUCCAAUACAGAAAAAAAUUAUUGAUGAAACUCCUGAGUGUCUCUUAUUGGAUGAAAAUCAAUGGUAUUCAAUUGAGAAUUUUGAUGAUUUUUCCGCAUUCAUUGAUUGGUUCGACACAUGGGGGAGGAAAGAACAUGACUUAUUAAGGCAGUAUAAGACAGUGAGUCAAUUGAUUGAAGACUCUUUUAAAAAAAGACAUAUAUCACUGGCCAUUUUAGAUGAAAAAGAAAUAGAUUUAUUAAAAGAAUUUGACAAAAACGAAUUUUUUGAAAGAGAAUUGGAUAUCGAACUUAACGAAACCCAGAGAGCUGAGACUGAAGACGAUAGAAAGCACCUUGAAGAGGAGAAGGAACAAGAAACAACCUUGGAGAAGAUUGACAAUGACCUAGAUGACCUUGCUGACCAAAUCAUGAAGUUAGAUGACUUAUCGAAGACAAGGAAGAACUUGAAUACGAUAGCUCAACUUGAACAAGAGCGAGAUGAUUUACUGGCCAGAAGACAAGAAAUAGUAAACUCACAAUCGCUUGGCGCAAGGAUAUUAGCUCGUUCUGAAAAGAAAAGAAACAAACAAUUGAUAGCGAAUAAACUAUCAAAGCAAACUGAAAUACUGACGGAUCUAUUGAAUUAUAGGCACUUUGUAAUGAUGGAUGAUACCAUUAAAUGGGAAAAUCAUUUAAGCAAGGAAUUCUUAGGGGCUCCUUUACGUAAAAAUGCGUCAUUUGGCAAAAGGGGCCCUAAUAUUCGACUUUAUUCCAUCGACGAGAAGUUGAAAAAUAUCCUUGACGAAACAUCACGAACUUCAUCACCCACAGUUAUGACCCAAUCCUCUAUAUAA